GCCUGAAUCUUAAAACUAUGGACUAUCUUAAAGUUCCUGUUCAUUUUGAUCAUUUCAGGGCAGAUGGCCGGCGUUGGUCCUUGGCUUCCUUGCCAUCAUCUGGAUAUGGAACCAAUACUCCCAGCUCCACUGUAUCGUCGUCCUGCUCCUCCCAAGAGCGCCUUCACCAGCUGCCUUACCAGCCCACCAUGGAUGAGCUGCAUUUCCUUUCCAAGCAUUUCGGCAGCAGUGAGAGCAUUACUGAUGAUGACGGGGGGCGGAGGUCCCCUGCAGUGCGGCCCCGGUCCCGGAGCCUCAGCCCGGGCCGGUCUCCAUCCUCCUAUGACAAUGAGAUAGUAAUGAUGAAUCAUGUGUACAAGGAACGAUUCCCCAAGGCCACGGCGCAGAUGGAAGAGAAGCUGCAAGACUUCAUCAAGAGCUAUGAGCCAGACAGUGUGUUGCCCUUGGCUGAUGGGGCUCUCAGUUUCAUCCACCACCAAGUCAUUGAGCUGGCACGAGACUGUUUAGCCAAGUCCCAGGAAGGCCUCAUCACCACUGUCUACUUUACGCUGCAGGAAAACAUGGAGAAACUUCUAAAAGAUGCCUAUGAGCGCUCUGAGAGUGAGGAGGUGACCUUUGUCACUCAGCUUGUGAAGAAGCUGCUCAUUAUCAUCUCCCGACCAGCCCGACUGCUGGAAUGCCUGGAGUUUAAUCCCGAGGAGUUUUACCACUUAUUGGAAGCUGCUGAGGACCAUGCCAAAGAGGGACACCUGGUGAAAACCGAUAUCCCUCGCUACAUCAUCAGCCAGCUGGGACUUACCCGAGAUCCCUUCCCAGAUGUGCUGUAUGUGGAGGAGCAUGAUAGCGGAGGAUCCAACACACCUGAGACAGAGGAGUUCACAGAGAGUCGUGGAACUACUCCAAAGCCAAAGAAGCCACCGGGAGAAGGAGACUUUGGAACAAUUAAACUCAUAAGCAACGGGGCAUAUGGAGCUGUGUAUCUGGUGCGGCACAAAGAGACCCGACAGCGCUUUGCCAUGAAGAAGAUCAACAAGCAAAACCUCAUCCUGCGCAACCAGAUCCAGCAGGCCUUUGUGGAGCGCGACAUUUUGACAUUUGCAGAAAACCCCUUUGUGGUCAGCAUGUUCUGCUCUUUUGAGACCAAGCGCUACCUCUGCAUGGUCAUGGAAUAUGUCGAAGGCGGGGAUUGCACACUGCUGAAGAACAUAGGGGCACUGCCUGUGGAGAUGGCCCGCAUGUUACUUUGCGAGACCGUCCUUGCGCUGGAGUACCUGCACAACUAUGGCAUCGUUCACCGUGACCUCAAGCCUGACAACCUGCUGAUCACUUCCAUGGGGCACAUCAAGCUGACAGACUUCGGUCUCUCCAAGAUGGGGCUGAUGAGCCUCACCACCAACUUGUACGAGGGUCACAUUGAGAAGGAUGCCCGGGAGUUCCUGGAUAAACAGGUGUGUGGAACCCCCGAAUACAUUGCUCCCGAAGUGAUCCUUCGCCAAGGCUAUGGGAAGCCAGUGGACUGGUGGGCUAUGGGCAUCAUCCUGUACGAGUUCCUGGUGGGCUGUGUGCCAUUCUUUGGAGACACCCCUGAGGAGCUCUUUGGUCAGGUCAUCACUGAUGACAUCUUGUGGCCGGAAGGGGAGGAGGCCCUCCCAGCAGAUGCUCAAGAUCUCAUCUCCUGCCUCCUGCAGACCAAUCCUCUUCUCCGCCUGGGGGCAGGUGGCGCCUACGAAGUGAAACAGCAUGCAUUUUUCAAAGAUCUGGACUGGAAUGGGCUUCUGAGGCAGAAAGCAGAAUUCAUCCCUCACCUGGAAUCUGAGGAAGACACCAGCUACUUUGACACUCGCUCUGAUCGUUACCACCACAUUAACUCAUAUGAUGAAGAUGACACGACUGAAGAUGAACCCGUGGAAAUAAGACAGUUUUCAUCUUGCUCUCCCAGGUUCAGCAAGGUGUACAGCAGCAUGGAGCACCUAUCCCAGCAUGAACAGAAGACUCCAGGCGUCACCAAGAGGGACCAGAGCAACAAACACAAAGAUGAGAAGCUCAGCAAAAGGGAAAGCCUGGGCAGCUUCACCCUUCGAGAGAAAAGCUGGCGCACCAACUCCCCUGAAAUGAAGCGGCUCUCAGCCUCGGAGUCGUCCUACACCGAGAGCGAUUCCAGCCCCCCGCUGGGUGCACGUCGACGCUUUUCGGCCCUGAUGGACACCAGCCGUUUUGCUGUGCCCCUGGAAACCGACAACGAGAGUCUUGGCAAGGGACCUGCGAAGGCUCCUGCGGAAAAUGGGCCCCCGGGGUCCACGCCCCAGGUCGAAGGCAAGGAGAGCAAGAAAGGGACAGCAGGAGAGGCUGGGCAGAGUCCUGCCCCUGUGGAGCCUGAGGCAGGCAAUAAAUCAAAGGCGGGUGAGCUACAGCCCCCAAAGGAGCUGGACCCAUCAGCCCCCAAAGCCACCAAUGACUUGGUGCUGCGCCGGGCCCGCCACCAACAGCUCUCAGGGGACUCCACGGCCGAGAAGCGCAGCUCCCGCACAGGGGGCAAGGUCAUCAAAUCUGCCUCAGCUACUGCGCUGUCCGUCAUUAUCCCCACAGUGGAACAGCACAGCAGCUCACCUUUGGCCAGCCCCAUGUCCCCCCGGUCACUCUCCUCCAACCCGUCGUCCCGCGAUUCCUCACCGUCCCGCGACUACUCACCCGCCGUCACCAUCCUGCGGUCGCCCAUCACGAUCCAGCGCUCGGGGAAGAAGUACGGCUUCACACUUCGUGCCAUCCGGGUUUACAUGGGGGACAGUGAUGUCUACAGCGUACACCACAUUGUCUGGCACGUGGAGGAAGGUGGUCCAGCUCAUGAGGCAGGCCUGUGUGCCGGAGACCUGAUCACCCAUGUCAACGGGGAGCCAGUGCACGGGCUGGUGCACACGGAGGUGGUGGAGCUCAUCCUGAAGAGCGGGAACAAAGUGAUGGUGACCACCACGCCCUUUGAGAACACCUCCAUCCGGAUUGGGCCAGCCCGCAAGAGCAGCUACAAAUCCAAGAUGGCUCGGAGGAACAAGAGGAGCAGCACCAGCAAGGAAGGGCAGGACAGCAGCAAGAAGCGCAGCUCCCUCUUCCGCAAGAUCACCAAGCAGUCCAACCUGCUGCACACCAGCCGGAGCCUGUCCUCGCUGAACCGCUCGCUGUCCUCCAGCGACAGCUUGCCGGGCUCUCCCACCCACGGCCUGGGCGCUCGCUCGCCCACCCAGAGCCUGCGCUCCACCCCUGACUCUGCCUACCUAGGUGCCUCUUCGCAGAGCAGCUCCCCAGCCUCCAGCACCCCCAACUCGCCAGCUUCCUCGUCCCACCACAUGAGGCCCAGCACCCUGCACGGCCUGUCUCCCAAGCUGCACCGCCAGUACCGCUCGGCCCGCUGCAAGUCGGCUGGCAACAUCCCCCUCUCGCCCCUGGCUCACACGCCCUCACCCACGCAGUCUUCGCCGCCCCCGCUGCCCGGCCACACGGUGGGCAGCUCCAACACCACGCAGAGCUUCCCGGCCAAGCUCCACUCCUCGCCGCCCGUGGUGAGGCCGCGCCCCAAGAGCGCAGAGCCCCCCCGCUCACCGCUGCUGAAGCGGGUGCAGUCGGCGGAGAAGCUGGGCUCCCCGCUCAGCUCCGAGAAGAAAGUGGUGGUGAGGAAGCACAGCCUGGAGGUGGUUCACUCCGAAUACCGCAAGGACUUCUAUGGGGAGCCUGGCCUCCACAGCCUGGCGGAGUCCGACGGGGAGAGCCCCAGCGAGUCGGGCGCUCCAAAGCCACUUGCCACCCGGCGCCUGGGCCGCCAGGAAUCCCCACUUAGCUUUGGGGCAGGAGAUGGAGAGGCCAGCGCCCUGGAAGCCAGCAUCAAGGCCAGGCUCCCGGAAGCUCUGCUCGGGGACUGCAGGAGAAGCCAAGCCGUGCAGACCGAAGAGGCGUUUGCAGGAGCCAACCGUGCCCUGGCCAAAGCCCUGAGCCCCGUGCAAGAGCACGAGCAAGGCAGGAAAGGAAGCGUGGAGGUGGAAGUCGCCCCGCGGGGGCCUGUCCCCAUUGUGCUGGAACCCAAGGAGAGCCAAGAGCCUGGCCCUCCGGCGAAAGCUGCCACGGAGCAUGGCCAGGACAAGGCUGGCUCACCCAAGGAGAAGUGGAUCUUGGAGGUCGUGGAGGAACACACCACCCUGGGGACCUGCGCCAAGACCCCCAGUUGCCUCUGCCCAGAGGGGACCAAGAACGGGCUGAAGCGGGGCUCAGCAGAGGCAAAGGGGAAGCGGGGGAAGGAAGAGGCGCCUGCCCUGGGAUCCGGGAACAAGUGUGCUGGAGACACCCCACGGCCUUCACCGCCGGCACUGGAGAAAAAGGGGGCAGCACGCUGACACAGAGGACUGUACUGUACUGACCCCCAGACCGCUCCUUAGGACACCUCCUUCAUCUUUGCCUUGCAGCCGUGGCAGCCGUGGUGCUGGUUAGGGAACCCACAUCAAAGUUGGAGGGGGCUGACCUGUAAGUUCCCUGUAAAUACGAAGGGCAGAGGCAAUGAUGCCUUCCCCCGCCCCCCGGCCACCCUCCUGGAUAUGGCAUGCCUGUUGUUAGGCCUUGUAAAGUACCUAUACAUAACUCUCUCUAUAUAUAUUAUAUUAUAUUAUUUAUAUAAAUAUACAUAUAUAUAUA